GUCUUCUUAAAUCCGAUCGAACCCAUUGGGGGAAGUCGGCGGCCACCAAAUCAUCGCGGUUCCCGUCGGCGGCUACCGGUGAUUCUCGUCCCGGGCACGAUUCGACAACUUUGAACGGAUCUUUUCAGCGGAAGCUGGUUAUCUUGCUAUUUGGACUCCAACUCUUAACUCAUGGGGAACUGUUCAGGAAAAAAAGGGGCAGGUAGUGAUCUUGAAGAGGAGAUAGACUUCAGAGGUGGAAAUGUGCAUGUAAUUACUAGCAAAGAGAGCUGGGAUCAAAAGAUUUUGGAAGCAAACAAGGAUGGCAAGAUUGUUGUAGCAAAUUUCAGUGCAUCUUGGUGUGGCCCAUGCAGAAUGAUAGCACCUCUUUAUAAGGAGCUGUCUCAGAAGUAUCCUUCACUGAUGUUUUUGACAAUAGAUGUUGAUGAAUUAAUGGAAUUUAGUUCGUCAUGGGAUAUACGUGCAACUCCAACAUUCUUAUUCCUGAAAGAUGGGCAGCAGUUGGAUAAGCUGAUUGGUGCUAAUAGGCCUGAGCUGGAGAAGAAGAUAAUCAUGAUUGUGGAUUCCUUAGUUCAGUGCUCCAAGGGCUCAAAUUGAUGAUGAGAAGGCGUCGUACCAUAAUAUGGCAGUAGAAAAAAUGGAGGUUCAUGCGAUAUAGUCACUGUUUUCUCGAGAAUUAAGUGAUAUUAAAGAAGCUGUAGUGAUUUUAUUCCAUGUACAUGCGUAGAAUACAAAAGCCUAUGUACUUAUCUGGACAUACAUGUAUACCUUGGCAGAAUCCAGUCCAAAACUUGGGUGUUAUGGUACUGGAAGAUGGAUAAUUUAUAUCCGAGAGAGUGGAGUGUGCUUUGUAUUAUCAAUGAUGACAUCACUGUGAAAUGAAGAAUUAUUAGGAGUGAUGUGUAUACCA